AUGACAGGAAGCAACCAUCAGCACACGCAAGUCGCGCUCAGUCGUCUGGACAAGUCGAUGGCGGCAUUGGAGCGAAUUCGCGACAGAAUCCUCACCAAGAGGGACGCGUACCCUCAAAACAGCGAAAAGUGGCAGCGGCAAACCAUGGAACUCAAUGCAGUGCUGUCCAAACUACAGGAGUUUCAAGCCGAAAAAGACGUUGUGUUCCAUCCCGAACUAUAUAGCGACGAACAAUUGCCCUACAUGGCAUGCUUCCAUGGCGUUGUUUCUGCUCUGGAGGCGUUUGUGUCGUCGAUGAGCCCUGUCACGAGCGACUUCCUUGAAUACACCGAUCCGAAGACAGGCAACACUCCCCUGCUCGUCGCGUGUGCACAGGGCCAUGUCGAGUGCGCCAAAAUUCUCAUUGCCGUUGGCGCCAAUGUAGACGCGCGGAAUAAAGCAGGUUCCACGGCCCUCCAUUGCGCCUGCGAGCAUGGACAAAUGGACGUCGUCGCGUUUCUGCUGGACGUGCCAUAUAUGAACCCAUACACCCUCGAUCGCCGCCACCACUCGCCCCUCCAAAUCGCGCGCAUGGCUUGUUUGGACCACGACGCGUGGACUCGCUUUAAGGAAUGCGCAAGGCUCCUGGAAGAGCGAUGUUGCAUAUUCCGUUCGUGGGUAUAUGAGAGCACGGCGACGAUGGGCAUUUCCAAAUUCCUUGGACCUUCUCCAUGGAAGCUUCGCUACGCCAUCGUGCUGCGAACAGCGCCGUCGUCGUCGCAAGUGGAGAUUUGCCUCUUCAACGCCAAGGAGCAUGCGCGAUGUCCUCCCGUGCCCACGUCCACAUUGUUGUACGCACUGGGCGAUCCUUUUCAAUCAUCUCCGACAUGCACCAAGCAUUCUCGGCAACAUGGGUUCUCUUUCCAAGCCAGACGCGAUGGAGCCACGGUGACCGUCGAGUUUGCUGCAGCCAGCGCCGAUGGAUUCGAGGCAUGGACUACCUUCUUCAGCGUCUAUUCGUCGCUUGCCAUGCUGGACGACGCGCGCCUCCUUCGUCGCCACAACGAUUUCGCGAGCGAGGAUGUGGAAACGGAAGAGGCAGCCAAGGAACCGCGAGUCGCGACUGGUCCGGCGGCCGACUGGGGACCCCCGCGUACUGCGCUCCACCGUGCCCCAUUGUCCCCAUCCGCACCCAAACUCCCCUCGAAAGAAUUUUUCCCGUCCAGUCCUCCACCAGAUGCACCGUCAGCUCCGUCCUUGGCGCUCUCUCCAUCUGCUCAAGUCGCCUUUGCAGUUGGCCACGGAGGAUUCUCUGGACUGGAAAAGCAGAGCAAGAAACUGUCCAAGAAAGGCACGUUCGACUUGAACACAACCAGGACGAUGCCUACAAUCCCAGCGACUCGACCACCCGAAGCAUCCAGCACGUCGGCACAUUCGACUGCAGAGGCGACGCACGAGAACGAAGGAAAUCCCCACUGCCGCGAGUGCAUCGUGUGCUUCGACGGUCCCCAGAAUGCCGUUUGUGUGCCAUGUGGCCACAACGCCAUGUGCAUGGGAUGUGCCGAGAACGUCCUCGUGACCGCGCCGUCGUGUCCGGUUUGCCGUCAGCAUGUUCGAGAACUCGUACGCAUUUACAAGGGGUGA